GGGCAGCCGGUAGGUGGACAGAUGGAGGGAUGAGAGGCCGAGGGAUGGACAGAUGGGCCCUAGGGGAGGGAUGCAGACCCGGCCCUUUCCCACACCCAUCCCACCCCACUCCCUCACCGGCCAGAUCUCCGCAGAUGGGGCCGGAGUUGCCUGCAUCCAGAUAGCCAGGCUGAGGGACCUUUGGGCUGCUGGUGGGAGGAUUGCCUUGGACCAAUGCUCUACGACUCAGGCCCUCAACCCUCUGAGAUUCGACCUGCUGAACUCUGACCUGGCUGGGGAGGGGUUGUGCUGGGAGGGAGGGAUGUUAGGAUUUCUUCGGCCUGGGCAGUAGGUGGGGCGGGGGUGCCUCAGGUCUGGGAGGCAUGUGUGUCCAUGACUGUGUGUGAGUGGGGUUCUCUGCUUAUCUGUUGACUGUGCCACUGUGGUUCAAUAUUUUGUGUGUAUUUGUAAGUGUGUAAAUCCCUCACAGGGCAGUUGUGCGAGCACGUCUGUUAUGAGUGAGCACCUGGGAGUGUCUGUGCAGAGGUGGGUCUUUCUGUACCUGUGUGCUUGUUUGAGUGUGUAUCAGCCUUGUAAGCAUCUGUGCAUGUUGUGGUUCUGUGUAUGUGUGUGAGGUGUGUAUUCGCGAGUGUGUGCAUUCGUGCAUCUGUUGGUGUGGUAAUGUAUGUGACCAUGCAUCAUGGGGAUAUGUGAAGUUGCAUGAGUGUGUUUGGGCAUUUAAGAGCAUGCACCUGUGUAUCUGUGCACGUGAGCAUCUGUUGUAUGUGUGUGCCCCUGUGUGUUGGUGAGUGUGCAAGGGUAGAUCGGUUAUAGGUGCACGCACCUGGGGACACGUGGGUUUCACUCUUGUGUGUGUGCAUCUGUGUGUGAGUGUACAAGGGAAAAGGCAAUAUGGUAUGUGUGGUUGUGCAUUGGUGUGUCAACCUUGAGGGUAUGUGUCUAUACUGUGAGUCCAUUUUUGUGUUCACGUUGGUCUCUGGGGGGUGGGGUUGUGUAUGUUCAAAUACAUAUAUUCAGGAUGAUAUGCGCACAUGUGCCUGUGUCCUUGACACAAGGCUGACCCCACUUAUGGGCCCAGUGAAUUGGGGCCCAUGUGGCAUGACCUGUGGUAUGCUGGGAUCCAUGGAUACAAGUGUGCCCACAUCCUGGACCAAGAGUCUGUUGAGGGCGGGGGGCACACAGAUCAUGCUGCUGUGUCCAUGGAAAUCCAGAUGGAGAGUCGUGGGUUGUGGGCCCAUGUGGGUUUUGGCAUGUCCACACAUGUUGGUGUGACAGUGGUGUGAUGGUGAAGAUGAGAAUCUCUGGUCCUCCCCCAGCUCCUGGUACUGUUCAGGUCUUUGAAGUUGGGGGACUGGGAUGUGGAUUCUGGAAGGAGGAGGCUGGGAGCCUAGAAUCCUGGGUUUGAAGGAGAAGAGGGCUGGGGGGCCAGAGUCCUGUGUCUUGAGAAAGGCAGGAACUGAGACCUGGACUCUUGAAUCUGAGGGAAGGGGAGGGUGGGGUUCUUAGCCUCUUGAGCCCCCAGAGGACAAAGGACAAAAGUCCUAGACUCUUGGGUUUUGGAGGGUGAACAGUCUUAGGCCCAGACUCCUUGGUUUCCAGAGAUGACUUCCUGGGUCCACCUGAGACUAUGCAGAAUCUGCAGCAGGGGAGCUGAGAGAGUGAUCACACCAGGGACUUCCUUGGCUGAGAUGGUCUCUGCGGCAGGUCUCCGGAGAGGAGCCAGAAGAAUGUUAACGGUGUGGUUUUGUUCCUUUGCAGGUACUGGCCCAGGCCCUGAUUCCCUGAAGAGAGAUCUCACCUCCCACUCCUCCCGUCUUCCCCCUGCACCAUGGCUCCAGGCCCCUUCUCCUCGGCGCUCCUCUCGCUGCCGCCUGCUGCCCUGCCCUUUCUGCUGCUUCUCUGGGCGGGGGCAUCUCGAGGCCAGCCCUGCCCCGGCCGCUGCAUCUGUCAGAACGUGGCGCCCACGCUGACCAUGCUGUGCGCCAAGACCGGCUUGCUCUUUGUGCCUCCGGCCAUCGACCGGCGCGUGGUGGAGCUGCGGCUCACCGACAACUUCAUCGCGGCCGUCCGCCGCCGAGACUUCGCCAACAUGACCAGCCUGGUGCACCUCACCCUCUCCCGGAACACCAUCGGCCAGGUGGCGGCCGGCGCCUUUGCAGACCUCCGCGCCCUCCGCGCCCUGCACCUCGACAGCAACCGCUUGGCGGAGGUCCGGGGCGACCAGCUCCGCGGCUUGGGCAACCUCCGCCACCUGAUCCUCGGCAAUAACCAGAUCCGCCGGGUGGAGUCGGCCGCCUUCGACGCCUUUCUCUCCACCGUGGAGGACCUGGAUCUGUCCUACAACAACUUGGAGGCCCUGCCGUGGGAGGCCGUAGGCCAGAUGGUGAACCUGAACACCCUCACGCUGGACCACAACCUGAUCGACCACAUCGCCGAAGGUACCUUCGUGCAGCUUCACAAACUGGUUCGCCUGGACAUGACCUCCAACCGCCUGCAUAAACUGCCCCCUGACGGGCUCUUCCUGAGGUCCCAAGGCCCCGGGCCAAAGCCACCCACGCCGCUCACGGUCAGCUUCGGCGGCAACCCCCUGCACUGCAACUGCGAGCUGCUCUGGCUGCGGCGGCUGACGAGGGAGGAUGACCUGGAGACGUGCGCCACCCCUGAGCACCUCACUGACCGCUACUUCUGGUCCAUCCCCGAGGAGGAGUUCCUGUGUGAACCUCCGUUGAUCACUCGGCAGGCAGGCGGCCGGGCCCUGGUGGUGGAGGGCCAGGCGGUCAGCCUGCGAUGCCGCGCUGUGGGUGACCCUGAGCCGGUAGUGCAUUGGGUGGCACCUGAUGGGCGGUUGCUGGGGAACUCGAGCCGGACCCGGGUCCGGGGGGAUGGGACACUGGAUGUAACCAUCACCACCUUGCGGGACAGUGGCACGUUCACUUGCAUAGCCUCCAACGCCGCCGGGGAAGCCACGGCACCGGUGGAGGUGUGCGUGGUGCCUCUGCCUCUGAUGGCGCCCCCGCCGGCCGCCCCACCACCUCUCACCGAGCCUGGCUCCUCGGACAUCGCCACACCUGGCCGACCUGGUGCCAAUGAAUCUGGGGCUGAGCGCCGGCUUGUGGCUGCCGAGCUCACCUCCAGCUCCGUGCUCAUCCGCUGGCCAGCCCAGAGGCCCGUGCCUGGCAUCCGCAUGUACCAGGUCCAGUACAACAGCUCCGCGGAUGACUCCCUUGUCUACAGGAUGAUCCCAUCCACCAGCCAGACCUUCCUGGUGAAUGAUCUGGCAGCGGGCCGCGCCUACGACCUGUGCGUGCUGGCCGUCUACGACGAUGGGGCCACGGCGCUGCCCGCCACCCGAGUGGUGGGCUGCGUGCAGUUUACCACGGCGGGGGAUCCCGCGCCCUGCCGCCCACUGAGGGCCCAUUUCUUGGGCGGCACCAUGAUCAUCGCCAUCGGGGGUGUCAUUGUCGCCUCCGUCCUCGUUUUCAUAGUUCUGCUCAUGAUCCGCUACAAGGUCUACGGCGAUGGGGAUGGCCGCCGAGUCAAGGGCACCUCCAGGUCGCCUCCGCGGGUCAGCCACGUGUGCUCUCAGACCAACGGCGCAGGCGCAGGCGCAACGCAAGCCCCGCCCCCGCCGGCGCAAGACCGCUACGAGGCGCUGCGCGAGGUGCCAGCUCCGGCUGCGGCGGUGGCCGUCGAGGCAAAGGCCGUGGCGGCCGACACGGCUUCCGCGGAACCGGAGGCGGUCCUUGGACGCUCCCUGGGCGGCUCAGCCACCUCGCUGUGCCUGCUGCCGUCCGAGGAAACCUCCGGGGAGGAGUCCUGGGCCGCGGCUGGCCCUCGGAGGAGCCGUUCUGGGGCCCUGGGACCGCUGGCUUCGGCGCCCCCCACUUUAGCUCUGGUUCCUGGGGGAGCCCCGGCCCGGCCGAGACCGCAGCAGCGCUAUUCGUUUGACGGGGACUACGGGGCGCUCUUCCAGAGCCACAGUUACCCGCGCCGCGCCCGGCGGACAAAGCGCCACCGGUCCACGCCGCACCUGGACGGGGCCGGAGGGGGCGCGGCCGGGGAGGACGGAGACCUGGGGCUGGGCGCCGCCAGGGCGCGCCUGGCCUUUACCAGCACCGAGUGGAUGCUGGAGAGUACCGUGUGAGCGGCUGGCGGGCGCCGGGACGCCUGGGUGCCGCGGACAAACGCCCAGCCGCCCGGACGCCGGGGCAGGACUCGGGGGACAAAGCUCCGAGCAAAGACGUCGGACUGCAGGGGAGGCGUGCCCUUCUCCUCCCUGGAUGGGGUGGGCGGCCUGGGCUGCGGCUCGAAGUCACGCCCCCGCGCUUAGGGGGGUUGGAGGGUGGGCCGCCGAGCUCCUCUCCCCCACGGACUUUAAGCCCCCCUCCUGCCCCUCCCCCCGCGCGCUCGCGGACCUCGCUGGAGCCGGUGCCUUACACAGCGAAGCGCGGGGAGGGGCAGGGUCCCCCGACACUGCAGCACUGAGACACGAGACCCCUCCCCCUGCCCGGGACCCGGGGCAGGGGCGAGGAACCCAUUUCUUGUAUCUGGCUGGACUAGAUCCUAUUCUGUCCCGCGGCGGCCUCCAAAGCCCCCACCCCCACCCCAUUCAAUUCCCUGGUCCCGUCGGGUCUGGCUUGGGGUGCCCCUUUCUCCGUUCCCUUCGUUUGUCUCUGUCACGCCCUCUGUCGUCUCUGUCUUACGUCCUUCCCUGUUUGUCUCUUAUUUCUCUGUCCCGUCAUCUCUUCUCCCUCUGAACUCCCGUAUUGCGUCCAGCCUCCUUGUCUCUCCAGAUUAUAUCUCCCCAGUACACAUUCUCCCGGGCAGGUCCCACUGGAAGGACCAGACUCACCCCUCUUCCUUCCUCUUAACCCCCAAAUAAAUCCCCACAUGAACAAAAUCCAAAACCAAAUCCCCCUCCCUACCGGAGCCGGGACCCUCCGCCGCAGGAGAAUUAAACAUUUUUCUGUGUCUGAGGCCA